UUAUCGAUUUUAAUAAAUAUUAAAAAUUCAUUUCAUGUUUUGCGCAGAAUUAAUUAUAAAUUUAUCUAGUAUGAUUAAUCAGUUUAUUUUUAAUACACGUGGGAUAUUGAUCCUAUUAUUUUAAUUUAGAUUCUAAAUAUUUAAAAGGAACGUGUAUUUUUAUUUUGUGAUUUUUAUUUAUUUUUUCAUCAUUGUCAUUGUUUGCAAAAUGGCGACAAACGAAUCGAAUCAGCUGUACAAAAAACCAAUAAUAAUAAAAUUAAUAAAAUAAAAAAAAAAUAGACAUCUUACACGAAGUCAAAAUUCACGUCAACACAAUGACAAGUUGACAACUAUAGAUUAAUAAUAUACCGUUGUUGCAACAGUGAUUGAAAAAUUGAUAAAUUAAUAAAUCGUGUAACAACAGUUGGAUUAAAUAUUUUUUUUUGUUUAUAAUAAUUAAAUACCUGUGUUGACUAUUUUUUAAAAUACUCAUAAUUUUUUUUUUUUUUUUGAUAACAAUUAUCAAUUAUUAUUUAAAUAAACAAUCAAAACAUUUAAAAAAUAAAAAAUAGAACGAGUUUUUUUACAUGACAUUUUUUUUUUUUUUAAGAUAAGUUCUUUCUGAUUAUUAAAUUGAGUAAAAAAAAAUUUUAAAAGUGUGUAACCUCAUGAAAACAACGAGAUAAAUAUUAAUAAAAAAAAAAAUUUACGAUAAAUAAAUAUAUAUAUAUAAUAACGAUAAUAUUAAAUUGGACUUUGCGUCAAACUGACAGGUGGUGUAGUGCUGAAAACAUCUGUAAAUACAGACUUAAAAAAAAGAAUAAAAAUGAUUUCUUAAUAAUAAAUUUAGCUAAAUAAAUUUUCUUUAAUUUAAUUGUAAAAUAAGUUUUUAAUUUUUUAAAUUUUAAUUGUAUAAUUUUAUAUUGGAGUUAUUGAUGGUUAAGGCGUGUGUUCAAGGACACUUUUAAAUAAAUAUAAAUAAUAAUAAUAAAGCCGGUUUAAAACAAGGCUUUAUUAUAAUAUAAAUAAUUGUAAUGAGUGACUCAGAACGUGAUCAGUUACACGUGCCUUAUCGUGAAUAUCAUAGUCAAAAUAAUACCAGAAAUCAAGCAGCACUGGUUGAGACUGAUGCACUUGUAGAUUUAUCAACAACACCACCACCUCAAUCAUCAUCAUCAUCUUCUUUAAUAGCAACAACAACACCACAAAUAAAUCAUCAAUUUUUAGGAAAUAAAAUAAUACCACCAUCUCUACUUUGUGAUACAAGUGAUUCAUUACCUGAAGUUGAAUUUGCACCAAAUACAAUUAACGAUACAAACGUAAUCAUUGAUUCAACUGGUAUUGAAAGAGAGAGUCAGCCACUUCUUGGUAGGCUUGAACUCGAUGUUACAUUCAAUAGGUUUUCAGAUGAUCCACAAUUUUCUGAACUUGUUUGGCAAGCUGAGACUGCAAUUGAUAAUGGAAUAUUUCCAGAAAGAAUUUAUCAAGGAUCAAGUGGAAGUUAUUUUGUUAAAAAUCAAGCUGGUAAAAUAAUUGGUGUAUUUAAACCAAAAGAUGAAGAGCCAUAUGGAAGAUUAAAUCCAAAAUGGACAAAAUGGAUGCAUAAAUUAUGUUGUCCAUGUUGUUUUGGACGUAGUUGUUUAAUUCCAAAUCAAGGAUAUUUAAGUGAAGCUGGAGCAAGUUUAGUUGAUCGUAAACUUGGUCUUGGUGUUGUUCCAAAUACACGUGUUAUUAAACUUGUUAGUAAAACAUUUAAUUAUCCAAGAAUUGAUAUACAAAAAGCAAGAAUGAAACAAGUUAUUAUGGAUCAAUUUCCAGCAGUUGGAUCACAAUUUAAGCGACUUGGUUUACCACCAAAAAUUGGAUCAUUUCAAUUAUUUAUGGAUGGAUAUAAAGAUGCUGAUUAUUGGCUUAGAAGAUGGGAAAAUGAUCCAUUACCAACUCGACUUGCACAUGAAUUUCAAUUAUUUUUUGAAAGACUUGUUAUACUUGAUUAUAUUAUACGUAAUACUGAUCGUGGUAAUGACAAUUGGCUUAUUAAAUAUGAUCCAAUAGUUGCUAAAAAUUCACCAGAAACAUGUACUGUUAAAAUUGCUGCAAUUGAUAAUGGUUUAGCAUUUCCAUUUAAACAUCCUGAUUCAUGGAGAGCAUAUCCAUAUCAUUGGGCAUGGUUGAGUCAAGCUAAAUUGCCAUUUAGUGAAGCAACACGUGAACUUGUUCUACCACAAUUAUCUGAUCAAAAUUUUGUACAAGAUCUUUGUGAUGAUUUAUAUCAAUUAUUCAAACAAGACAAAGGUUUUGAUAGACAUCAUUUUGAAAAACAAAUGGGUGUUAUGAGAGGACAAAUUUUAAAUCUUCAACAGGCACUUAAAGACUCAAAAAGUCCUGUUCAAUUGGUACAAAUGCCUGCAGUUAUUGUUGAAAAAGCCAAAAGAGACAGUGAUACACCAAAAUUGUUUUCAUUUUCUGAUACAUUUACACAGCGCUUCCAAAAUAAAAGUCCUUUUUUCUCUUGGUGUUGAUGACUUGUUGAUGAUAAUAAUAAUAAUUAAAUAAUUAACAUGAAUAUAGUGAGAAGAAUACAAGAGAUGAGAGAGACAGUCAUUUUAAUGAAGAGAACAUUUUUAAUAAUAGAAUAAUAAUAUGUAUUUGUAAAAUAUUAUAUUAAGACAAUAUUAUUUUCUCGUCAAAGUCAUCUUGCUGUCUUUUAUGUUUAAUCAAUUAUCUUGAAACAUAUUUUAAUUAUGAACAAGAAAAAAAAAUUAUCUUAUUGUUUAUAAAUAUAUUGUAUACAGUUAAUUAAUUUAAUUAAUUAAGUAAAAACGAAAAAAUAUUAUUUAUACAAAUAUCGUAUAUCAAAAACACGAAUAAAAAAAAAAACAGAACAAUUAUUGUUGUAAAAAAAAAAUUAUUGUGCCAGUCUUACUUUAGUUUAGUCAAAAAAAAAAAAAAUAUUAAUAAUGCCUACAAUAUAGUUGUAUAAUAAUUAUUUAAUUAAAUUUUUUUUAAAUACACAAUUCAAAAAAGAAUAAUGUACAAUAAACAUGCAAUGGAAAAAACAAAAAAAAAAAAACAAUUGUACUGCGAUAAAUGUCAUUAAAAAUAUUUUUUUAAUAUAAACAUUAUCACAUAG